ACUUUCUGCGUUCGACGAUGAUUGGCCCGCAAAGACAUCGCCCGUCCUCUUCGCCACCGCCGACCAUCACCUACCAUCAUUCGUCGACGUUGCUACCCAUCCCAGCCCCACAAAUUGCACAGGCUGCUGUGGGAGGCGCCCAUUAUUCUACCAUGUAUACGUCACAUCAUACUCGCAGACGUAGUUCGGGCAGCGACGGACUGCACAGGACAUCGCAAUCUGCAGGAGAUGCGGAGGAGAGUGACAGGCGGAGGAUCGUGGACGACCUCAACGAACUCUUUUGCUGUAGGCCCAGCAUAGACAUUUUCAAGCGGACAUGGCGACACGAUGCAAUUUUUGAGGACCCCUGGGUAAAGUGCGAGGGUUAUAAUGAAUAUGGUCCUCAGUUUUUUGCCAUGGUAUAUGUCGGACUGCACGGUUAGCUUGUUAGGCAACGAGACUAAUGAGACUUAUUCUCAGCCCAAACUCUUUCAAGCCAAGAUAUUAUCUAGCCGAAUCAUGUUAUCUACUCAGUCACCGAACCGUCUGAUAUAUUCCAAGUCUCAAGAGUAUACCCUGCGUUUCUUGGGAAAGAAGAAG